AUGUUAAAGCGACGUCGUUGGCACAUUGUUUAUAUCGGUUCGAAGAGGCAACCGUGCAGUGAAGUCACGCAGAAGAUCCUUCAUGAGGCUCUCACAGAAACAAUGGCAACACUGCGAGAAGUGACAUUCUACCGCUUCUACCAUGUAUUUCGGAAAGGAGAGCUGGAAAGUAUCGUCUCGUUGAUUCCUUCGCUGAACGUGGUCCAUUCCUCAUUCGAACAUGGUAACUGGUGUGUGGUUGUGGAAAAGGUCAAUAAUAGUGAUGGAAACGCCGAUAUUACCGCUAUCGCUGUCGGAAUCUCGCCAAGCGAUGAGCGUGGAGCGGAUGUUCUUUUCCUCGAAAGCAAAGUGCUACAAGCGUGGUUAUGUACAAUCAAACUACAACUGUUUUCGAAGUGGACGCGUCAGUGGACUGAGGACCUUGUCCCAUAUGUCUGCAUACUUGAAUGUUUCGCUCGCUCCGACACUGAAAUGAAAGAAAAUAAAACGCAAGCUUCCAGCCGGCAAUUUCUUCCAAUCUACAAGCAUCGUUAG